ACACACACACACACACACACACACACGCACACACACGACUUUGCUGUCGUUUGCGCGCCUGCGCAGUCAGGAAGCAAGGAAUCGAAACUGAAAUGGAACACGGAAGAAGACAUGAGACGCUGCAGAAGAAAGAUCUGAAGCGACCCGUGACCAGGUCCAGUCCGACCACCACACACAGUGCAAGGAUGGCAAGGAUGGCAAGGGGGUACAAUUCGAGUGCUCAAAGUCCAUUCAGGCGAAGGACUGAGCAUUCUCUUUGGAAGACUCCUUCCAAUUUAGGAGCCCGGGGGACACUCCCCUUCGGCUCAAAAUCUCGUCAGAGAACCGGGACAAAAAAGCAAAUUAGCCUUGCAGAAUGGAAGCAGGUGGAAAAGAUGAAGAUACUAAAACAGAUCGCGGAAGAAAAGGACAUGACAAAGAACCCCAUACAUCGAGUCAGUUCACCGGCUUUUGAAAAACCUGCCACCUCAGGAUCUUUAACUUCUCGGACCUUUCCCAGCAAUAAGAAAGAUAAAGCAUUAACACAAGACCAAAGUCAGACUGAAAAAAUAAGACCAGUGGGGCACCCAUCACUUGUAAGCCCGGCCAUGGCAAAGAGCAGAGCCAUCGAAGAAAAGAGGAAAGAAAUAGAGAAGGUUUAUCAACGGGACUGUGGCACGUUCAGCCGGGUGGUGAAGCAGCUGGUCUCCAAGGACCCCUCGUUAGUGCCUCCCAUCCGCUUCGCUGUGCAGGAAAAUCUCAAGGAGAUAGGCCUGCGCUGUGCUGCAGCCAUGGACCAGUUUAUAACCCAGUAUGACCUGAGUGCAGCCUCCCAAGAGAUGCAAACACACACACACACAUAAACACAUAUGCCCCUCGGUUUUAUUUUUAUUGUUAGUCUGUGUGUGUGUGUGUGUGUGUGUGUGUGUGUGUGUGUGUGUGUGUGUGUGUGUGUGUGUGUGUGUGUGUGUGUGUGUGUGUGUGUGUGUGUUUGUUUUUGUAAAGCCCAGUUCAAAUGUCCAGAUCUUAGUUGUGUCUCUGUGUUUUAUAAAGAAGAUGCACCAAAAAUGGCAUUUUGUAUAUCUUUAUAGUAUCAGUGAAUCACAUUCACCAUAUAUGGUUUAUUCAAUUUCAGAAGGUAAAUGCUUAUGCUAGAAACCAUGGUAUUGCGCAACAUGUGAUGAUCCAUUUUAUUUUCAUGUGGGUUGAGCUGAGCAGGAAGUUGAUGAAGAGAGGGUAGACACCUGACAUUGAAAAGGGUCUUUCGAUCACUUUACCAACCGCUGUUUUCAACAACCACAUACCAGUAAGCUUGGACAUUAACUGGCACCCUUCUGGUUAUUCAUUGUAAUACACUUUAUUUCCAUAUAGGACGACAACAUUAAAAGGUACAUGCAAAUCCUCCUAUCUCUACCCUGUCUUAUACAAAUAAGGAUUCUUAAGUUACAAAAUAUAUUUAUAUAAAUAUGUAAGACAAUAUGUACAUAACAUUUACAUUACCACAUCCAAUACUUUAAAGACAUUUUUAUUUCUAUUUUUGUUUACUUUAUAUACAUUAAACAGGUAUCGAUAAUUUAUUGUCACUAUUAAUUUGUCCUUUAUUUAUCCAACUAAAAAUAAUAAGUAUUAAAAAAAGAAGUAUGUUGAAGAAAAGAAGACAGGACCGUACCUGACGUUACUUUGCCUGAUAGAACAAGGAGUUGAGGCCUAUCUAGCGACCUGCCAUUGGUAAAGCAUGGAGAGCAGUCUAUGUAGAGCACAUGGUGUAACAGACUAUUUACAUAAGAUGAUAACUUGGUCUGUGAGCCAACACUUUUCCAGCAGCUUUUGGAUUCCACUGGGGCAAACUAAGUCGCAGCUCAGUACCUACCCCACAGUUUUCUCCAUUCAUAUCGCACAGCUUUCACUAUUCCAACACGAUAUCUCUCGAUGUGUUCUCCUCUCGGUAGGUUUACGCCAAUGUGUUCAGAGCACUGGCCUGUGAGCAGAGGCUGGCCAACACAGCCCAGGUUCUACAGUGAUACAAAAAACUCCCCUUUUGACAUGUUGAAAGGACUCUCUGGUGCAAAGGGUAUAAACUUUCUCACACACACACACACACACACAGACACACGCACGCACAUUAGCCAGUUAUUUGAGACCAGACCAGACUAUAUGC